UUUCAAGUGAAACCUGAAGGCAGCUCAGGUGUCAUUAAGCUCGACUCGUAGAGCUCGUUUCCACUUAAGCUUAAAUAUAAAGUUGUGUCUAUUUGACCAUAAAAUUGUGUGUCUGGCAAGAUAUUGUAUUCUCAGAGGAACAACUGUUAAAUAAGAGGUAUCUGAUAACGGCAUCAGCUGAAAACAAAGAUGAAGAUUGCAUCAUUUAAUGCAAGGAGAUUUGGAGCAAAGAAGAUUGCCAACAAAAAAGUUCUUUCAACCAUUGUAGAAAUUGUUUCCCGCUAUGAUAUCUUGCUGAUGUUGGAAUGUGUUGAUACACACGAGAAAGCUGUGAAAAAACUCUUGGAGGAAUUAAACUCGUCUGAAUCAGGCCAUUAUUCCUAUAUUAUAAGCAGUUCCAUUGGAAGGAACACAUACAAAGAGCAGUACUUAUUUGUGUACAGGGAUGACGUUGUUGAAGUAAAGGAAUGUUAUCAGUAUCCUGAUGAACAACCUGGUGAUGUUGAUGCAUUUUCCCGGGAGCCUUUUAUUGUGAGAUUUAAACCUAAAAGCAAAGAUAUUAAAGACAUUGUUAUGAUCCCUGUGCACACAACUCCAACAGACUCGGUUAAAGAAAUAGACGAGCUUUAUGAUGUGUGUGAGAUGAUCAAGGAACACUGGGACACAGAAGCAUUGAUAAUUCUGGGAGACUUCAAUGCUGAUGGAAGGUAUGUCUCAAAAAGCAAAAUGAAACAGAUUAGACUGAGAAAAGACCCAACAUAUCACUGGCUGAUUGGGGAUGAUGAGGACACCACAGCAUGUAGUGGAACCGACUGCUCUUAUGACAGAAUUGUGGUACAUGAGAAACUGUAUCCAUAUGUUGUACCUGGUUCAGCCAAAGUUUUUAAUUUUCAAGAAGCUUUUGAACUUGCAGAGGAGGAGGCCUUGGAAGUGAGUGACCAUUAUCCUGUGGAAGUAGAGCUGAAGGCAAAGCAGAAAGCUGGCAGAAGGUGAAUCUGAGGCCAACAACAGAGGUCAUACCAGAGUUCUUCUGCCUAUCCCAUUUUCAAUUUCUUCUUAACCUGCCAAGCUUCAAGUUUCAGUUUCUGGAAGAGUACUGUAAAGCUACAGCGGUCACACUAAUACACCAAGGAGAUCGAUUUCUGAUGCUGUUACAAGGAGUCAAAGCAACAGCUGCCUAUAACAGUUAUCUAAUUUUUAAUCAAAUAAUGUGAAAAUUUUAAGACUUUUUAAUUAAAUACCUCAUUUCUUACUGUACUGUUGGAUGUUUAGCAUUUCUAAAUGCUGUCUUUAUGAUGAAUUGUAACAUAUAAAGUUCUGCAUUACAAGAGAA